CCACUCUACAACUCUCACUCACCUCAUAACCAAAGCAUCAACAUCAUCAUUCAGCAAUUAUAAAUACUUGAAAACUAGUAUAGCUAGAGACAUCACUACACCACCCUUCAUAGUUUGUUGUUGUAAUACUAGAGCUUCUUUAUCUACCUUGUUCUUGGCUUUGUUACUUUCGAAAACUACAUUGCACGCAACAUGGCUGCAUCUUGGUCAUGUUGUCUACUUGCACUGCUUCUUUUUGUGUCAGCUAUUGUAUCAGAGAGUAGAGUGGCGAGGAAGGACUUGGGCCUGGACCUUGGUGGGCUGGGGGUUGGGCUUGGAGUAGGGGUGGGCCUGGGGAUAGGAGGUGGCAGUGGCUCUGGAGCUGGAGCUGGAGCAGGGUCUGGUUCUGGUUCUGGUUCUAGUUCCAGCUCUGCCUCAAGUUCAGCUUCUUCAUCUUCUAGUUCUGGGUCUGGCUCCGGAGCUGGCUCCGAAGCUGGUUCAUAUGCAGGCUCUCGGGCCGGUUCAGGAUCAGGAAGAAGUCAAGGAAGGGGAGGUGGCGGAGGCGGUGGAGGCGGCGGAGGUGGUGGUGGUGGAGGCUCAGGCCAGGGCUAUGGUCAUGGUGAGGGUUAUGGCUAUGGUGGGGGUUACGGUCGAGGAGGUGGUGAUUAAAGAAAUUAUAAUAUGGUUUACUUUAGUUAAAGAAAAUGAUCAUUUUAAGUGUUUUGUGUAAUAAAUAAGUAGUAUGCAUGGCCUGUACUCUACCAAAAUAAUAAACAUGUAAGGUGGUGUACACCAUCCUGUGUGUUUUUGUUGAAGUGAAUUUCAGUUUGAGUCCACCUAUUUCAUGAUUUCCAUUUCAGCUUGUAAUGUGGCACAUCUUUAAUAAACUAAUUCCUCCAGCCAAAGAGGAAUAUGUGUUGGAGAGACAUUGGUUAAAUUGUUUCUGUUCGUAUC